ACUACAUUUGUAUUUGUCACAGACUAUAUUUUAGCUUCACUUUUUUUUCUAUGAAAAACAUAUGUAUAAGACGAAGCGGACGCAAAUAGUCUUUGCAAUCAUACAUUUGUCUUAGCUAAAUUUGUUAAAAUAUAAGUGGAUGGUUUUGAGAAAAUUAUAUUUUAUUUGAAUAUUUAUUUUUGUCUUUUUUAUUCUUAUAAUUAUUUGGUUAAAAAUAUGCUGUGUCGAUUGUGCCUUUUACCGAAAGAACACAGUUUUAACAUGUUCAGUUCGUCGUAUUUGCAUUUUUUUGCACCAUUAAUUAUAUCUAAACAUUUUUGUUUCGAGCCUCAAAUUAAUGACGAGAUUUGUAAUUUGUGUUUUGAUUGUUGGGAAAAACUUAAAAAUUUUCAUGAAUUCUACAAAAAAGUUGAAGCAGCUCAGAAGACAUUUCAACAAAAUUUGAACGUAAAAAAAGAAUUACUUCAGGAAGAUAACAACCUUACCACAAACAAUGAACAAAAAACACAUGAAAAUGUCGGCAUUAAUGUAAAUCCAGAGAGCAAUAAAACAUCAAAUAUGUCUUGUGGGGAUCUAAGCAUAUAUAAUCUAGUUUUAGAAUCAGCUCAAAGUGAAUUGGAAGACCUCUGUGCAACGCCGAAGAAAAAGGCAGUGAAACACCAAGAUGCUGAUAAGGAAAUUCCAAAAGGAAGGAAAGUGACUAGUGAUGAAUUCAACAAAAAAGUUUCUGACUUUCUCACAUUUUCUUGUGAUUUGUGUACUGCAGUACUACCUAAUUUUUCUGAGUUGAAACUUCAUUUUAAAACAUCCCACAAGGUUCCGGGAUAUGUCAUUUGCUGUAACAAAAAAUUCACACAAAAUCAAUUUUUGAUUGGUCAUAUUGGUGCUCAUAUGAAUCCAGAAAACUAUAAAUGUAUGAAAUGCGAUAAAAUACUGUCGACAGUCAAAAAUUAUACAAAACACAUGGAAAAACAUUUAAAAGAAGUUGAGUACUUGUGUGAUAAUUGCCCUCGUAAAUUUGGAAGCAAAAGUCUUCUUCAGCGGCAUUUGCCAAUUCACUGGUCGAAAGAUAAAUGGAAAGUAAAAUGCACAUACUGCGAAAAAUUGUAUCCAACAGAGUAUUUUAUGAAAAAUCAUGUUUCAGAUAUUCAUGAAAAAAGUAAAAUAUGCCAAGUUUGUGGUAAGUCGUUCUCAAGUAGAAAGUUUCGAGAGCAUCAGAGAACUCACGAGUUUUUAUUAGCUAAAGUCCAAUGUGAAAUUUGUGGGGCUUGGCUAAAAAGUUCAAGUGGUCUAAAAACUCACAUGAAAAAUCAUCAGGAAGCGUUAGAAGUGCAUAAGUGUAAUAUAUGUAGUAAAAUUUCUCCAAAUAAAGGGGCCUUAAAGAUUCAUGUUAAAAAUCACCAAACACCAAAGUGUCACAAAUGUUCAGUAUGCAAAAAAGGUUUUAAAAGACCAUUGGCUUUAAGGCAACAUAUGGCGUCUCACACUGGAGAAUCUCUGUAUAAAUGUAAAUAUUGCACAAAGUCCUUCAUUUACGACUCUGCAUACCACACGCAUAAAAAAAGAGAACAUUUGAAUGAAUACUUAAAUGAAAGGAGGGAUAUUAACAGAACAAAUUUUUCAAACUUUUUGCAUAAGGAUCAAGAGCAUCCAGUGAAAAAAAAUUAGAUGUAAAAAUUUUAUAUCAAUGAGUGUUUUAUAUUUAUUUGCUUAAGUAUGUAAUUGAGUUUACAUUGAUAAUUUUAAGUUGACUUUGCAUAAAUAUGAAGAAAAUAAUUCGACGACGAUUUUACACAA